GUAAAGUAAAUAUUAUAAAAGAGAAAAAUAAAAAUAUUGUGUUAUGUGUUGACGUUUUCCCUUUUUUCCUUUGUCAUUCGACUUGAAAACAACAACAAUUAACUUUACCUGCAGAUGGUGGUAAUAACACAGUGCAUUGCAGAUAAUUUGUUUUUAUAUAGUAAAAUAAACUGAAUAUUAAACGAGAUUUAAAUAAGUUUUUUAUAUUGUUAGAUUUCAAAUAGAUUAUAAAUUUUGUUAAACAACUGUGCCGUUGUAAAUAUAGAAACCUUUCGAACUCUUUUCAAUAAUUAGUGCGAAACUUUACUAUCAACCUGAACCUAAUUAAAUCACUGCCAGACGCACCCACAUCUACAUGAUGCUGUACGUAUUUCACGUCGACGUGGGUCGCAUGAUGAACUUCGACAUGACAGUCGCACUGUCAUCCGUUGAAAAUCUCAAAGAUACAAUUGAACGACUGCAUGGUAUACCUGCGGCAAAUAUUGUCUUGCUGGUUAGUGGUGGUGAGAUGCUAACCCAGUCCACACAAGUGUCUUUCUACUCGGCUGGCACAGAUACAAAUCCAAUAUACAUGUUUCUUACUGGAGAAACAAGAUUACCUCCCUCAAUAGCGCAGUCUGAACCAGAUAUAGAUUUACGUGAACAAGUCGAGCGUUGUUUAGAGUUACCUGCCGUUUACGAGACGGUAGUAACGCGUGCUCAGCUUGCUCUUCGUAUGCAUGAUAUGGCAAGAGAUGAAGAACGCCUCUGCGAACGUCUUGUACAUGAGCAACACUUGCAACAACAGGGUUGGUCGGCUGUCGUAGCUAAUAUGGAAGACUUAACUGAUGAAUUUCGUUUACGUUUUCAUAAUUUUUGUAAAGCAUUCGAUCAACAUUUAGAGAAACGUAGUCGAUACUUUGAACUGUUGCAUAAUUUCGGUGAUGACUUAACAAAAUUGGCUAGAAUACCAAUAUUACCGGGUUUAAUGCAAUUAGCGGAAGAAGAUUUUCAUGGAUUUGAUGAAUUACUCGAUAAUGAUGAAGUCUUCACACGCUCUAAUGAACAGCAACAAUCGGUGCUAAUAGCAGGUGAAACAAUAGCAGCUAAGUCAGCUGAUGAUACGAAUACACAAGAUGAUGGCAAAGCUAAUGAAGAUGAUAAAAACACAUCAUCGACUAAUAAAAAACUUAAAUUAGGCAAUGAUACAGUUGAAGAAGGUGCAAGUGCUACUUCACAGAAUUCAAACAACAGUUCCAGACGUAACAAUUUUAAUCUUCUGCAGUGGAUUACAUCCAAAGAAAAUCAUAACACACUAAAGCUUAUGUCAGACGAAUGUGAGCAAGGGCUCGGUACUUUUAACGAAAAUGUUUAUGAAAAGUUGAAAUUAGAGGUACAGAAUAUAAUAAAAUUAGCUGAUCAAGUGGAUGUUAAAGAAAUUAAAGGCUUAGGAGAACGCCUUUGUAAACUAGAAGAGUUUAAAUAUAAAGUAAAAGCAAUGGUGCAAGAUCAAAGAGAACUCUCAACUGCUUUUCAGCAGAAUCAGAAUCGCGCUAUGAAUUUACGUGAUGCAUCUAUUUUACCCGAUCUCUGUGCUUCACAUCAGUCGCAAUUACGUGUUAUGCUUCAAAACCAUCAAAAAAUACGGGAUCAUCGACGUUGCAUAGCAAAGGCAAAAGAUGAACUAGGUACAAAUUUGCACACCCGUCUGAAAAGAAUUGUAUGGAUAGAAAACGGAAUGAGCGAAUUCGAUAAUCGUUUACUGUUCUAUCAUCGGUGUCUGCGCCGUGCAGAGAAACACAUACACAUUAUUGAACAGAUUCACCAAGCGCCUUCUAUUUAUGUUGCGGCCGUUGCAGAGGUAGUACGUCGUAAAAUAUUUUCUGGGGAAUUUCGUAUGUGGGCAUCAAAGUUAGCUGAAGAUUUUGAUACAAUACAUAGCGAAGAAAUAAAACGACGAGAAAUGUUUAAUGCAAGUUUCGAAGGACACUUUCUCAACAUAUUAUUUCCUGGUAUGAGUGAUAUGCCACCAGCGUUUGCCAACGAACAUCCAUUGAUAUUUGAUGCGCGCUUGCCCAAUAUAACCAAAUCUGAUAUAGAUAUGUUAUCGUCUCAUUUGCCCGAUUUAGCACCACAAAUUCAAUUACCUGACAUGGGACCUGUGAUAAAUUUUUUCGUUUCACGUUCGGGUGAGCAUCAGAAGACACGACUAGAAGAGCUCUUAAGGCAACAGGUUGAGGCAGUGUUGGGAAAUGCAUCACUAGAGGCAGUAACCGAUAAACCAGCGCAGCAUCAGCGACUAAGUGAAUUACAAAAAGAGGCUGGCUGUGACGAAUCAGAAACAGAUACUGAAACAGAAUUUGAAAAGGUGCUAGCAACUGUGCAAACGGUAGCAACUUCAACGAGUGAGAAUCAAAAUCCAGAAACAAUAUCGAAGAGCACUGCAACAGAUCAUUUAGUAAUGCAAAGCGCUGAGACUUUGACAGACGAAAAUGAAUCUGAAACGCGUGCAGAAUUAACGCGUUUGCAUGGCAUACUAAAUACUUUAGCUAAGUUAUCAACAGACUGUUUAUGCUUAGCACGUGUUAAUAUUGAAAGUAUUCGAUCUGACACAGCAACGUAUCGUGAUAAUAUACAAGAAAAAUUACUUUUACUGAAUAAUAAUUGUACCUUAAUGGUAAAACAAUGUGAAGCAGAAGAAAAGGAGAAAUUAGAGAUAAGUGCCGAACGAGAGCGUGAACUGCAACAAUUACGGGAAAAGAUGCAGCAAAAAGACACUGAAUUAGAAUUGAUGCAGGAGCAAAAAAUAGAAGCAAAGGACUUGGAAAUAAAAUGCGCAACAUUAGAAGCACAAGUCGAAGAACUUCAGGAUCAACUGAAGUUAGCACAAACAGAAAAAGAAAAUGUUAUACAUGAACAUAAAAAUGAAAUUGAAUCAUUGCGCUGCCGAUUCAAGCUAAUGACUUCCAUGGAUCGGUCACCAUCAGACACAAGUCUCGAGAAGUUAGAAAGGCCAGUGUCUGCAAUCGAUUUUGAACAGAACGUAAUAGAUUUGGUACAGCACAAAGCUCUAAUGGUACAAUUACGCACUGAACUCGAAUUAGAAAAGGAAAAAGCAAUAAGUGCAGCUAUAGAAGGAGAGCGUACUAUUUGGCAAUCAGUGAACUCAGAAUCUGUGAUGGUUAAUGUUGGCAUACUUAAAGAGAUGAUUGCAGAUAAAGAACGACAAGUAGAACAGUUGCGUGAAAAGGAUCUCUUGUUAACUAAAGAAAACUAUCAAUUGAAAACACGCAUAGAAGCAUUAGUCAAUGAAGAAGGGAAUAGUUGGUUAAAAGAAAAAAUUGAAUAUUUAAAUCGUGAUAAAACUCGAUUAGAAAAAGAACUUAAUAAAGAGAAGUCACGUCGUUUAGAUAUGGAAUCUUCAAUUGCUGCAGUGCAGAGUACCGAUCAAGGAUCCUUGCCACGUUCUAAAUCGAGCGGUUCUAGUCAUAGAUACAUAGUAUUGGACUCCUGUAAUAAAGGUGAUAUUGUAUUUAUUAUAUGGAAUAUGCGUCAUGGGCAGUUUGUGGUAGUACAAGAAUCGCAAUAUUUAUAUUUUGUACACGGUGAUAGUUUAGUUGGUUUAAAUCUACGUAUACCUAACGCACAGACUGAUAAUUCUGAUGAUAAUGAAAAUCGUAUACCUGUACCAUAUUAUGCCAUUGGGCGUGUAAUCGACAAAGAAUUUUGUCAAGCCCGAAAGGAGGAAAAUAGAUAUCGGGUUUCAAGAGGCUCAAAAUUUUAUCGCAUCAAAGUGGCUCCAUUAACCACAAAACCAGCAACUCGUCGCGAACGUUUGGAAACUUUUUCGACAUCUAUAAGUCGUUCUAUUUCACAAUGUGAAUCACAAUGUGAACCUUCUGUUGCGGCGCCGGGUCAGCAAGCAGUUAGCAGUACCACAACACAGCAAAAUGCUCCCCUCAGCUUUAUUGGAGCUGAUACAGCAUUAACAGCAACAACCGUCAUUGGAGAUGUGGUGGAUGCGAUUGUGACUAGUGCUUUUGCCACUGUAUCACCAACUAUUACAACAGCAAAUCCCGUGGAUGGUGAUGCAGCUACCAGGGAUCUUAAAACACGCACCAUUAGUGUGACAAGUGUAACAGAAGAAGAUGAUGAACCAGUCUCUUUGCUGAGCGAACAUUGUCGCUAUAUUAGCGUUAGCGAAGAAGAUGAACCUGUAGAUUCAACUACAAAUCAACAACAACAAUCUGUGAUAACAGAACAGCCGACGCCUUCAAAUAAAAUAAUGAACUUAUUGCUGGCUAUUGCUGAUACCUACACAAGUACAAGCGCCGCUAGUACUGAUACUUCACAAGUUGUUAUUGCAACAGCUCCUAGCACUACUGCAGCUAUUACAAUACCUACCGAUAUUGCACCAGAUACAACUAGUUCACAUUCUAUACCAACAUCUAUUGGUACAACUAGUGAAGAUUCAGAUGAAUAUCGUUCUUUAGAAGGCAAAGACGAUACCGAAUAUGCAAUAUUCGAAUAGUGAAAUCUGUAUUUAUCUAAAACUAUAACAAAAACAACUAUAACUGUAACACUAGUGACGUACAUAAAUUAAAUUUAUUAAAUUAAAUUUAUGAACCAACAACAACAAAUUUAUAUGCUAAUAAAUUUAUAAUUAAUUUAACGUAUUAUCAAAUUAUCUCAAAUUAAGUUACAAUAUAGAGCAAAAUACGAACUAGUUUAAAAAAAAUUUUACCGCAUAAAAUACAAUUUAUAGCAAGUCAAACACACACAGUCUUACACAAUGGAAAAUUAAACAAAUUUAUUAUUAAACUCCUUCAACUAUGCAGAUUUAAAAAUAAUAAUAAUAAUAGUUUAAACAAUUAAUCUUUGUUCAUAACGAAAGUGAAGGGCACGGCACGUACAUACUUUACUCGGCUGUAAAAGUAAAAACACAUUUGAUGAGUGUAUUAAUAAAUAUUUUAAAGAAUUUUUAAUAAAAAUGAUUAAAUAAUUACUUUGUAAAAUAGUAGAAAAUGGAUAAAAAUAAUUUCUCAGCCUGGAAAUAAAUUAUAAAACAUAAGUGAGAGAAAGUUUAACAUAUUGAAACAUUGCAACAAGUAAAGCAAAGCCAAUUUAUCCAUAUAUAAUGAUUAACUUUGUAACUGACUAUGGACUCAAGAUAAUUUACAUUUGUUUAAAAAAUCAAACUAAAUUAUAUUGUAUAUUAAUUAUACUAAAACCGUUUUACUCUAUGAGAAAUUAA